AUGAAACACACAUCCAAGUCUGCCAUCAUCCUUAUGUGCUGGACAAUUUGGGGGGCCAGGAAUGACUUGCUCUUCAGUGGAAUCAGUCCCAAUAUCCAAGUCUGCAAGACCAACUUCAGAGUGGCUACGGCUCGAGCUCCUGUCACCGCAGCGCGAGAAGACCCGCUCGCAUUGCGUCAGCGGCAGCUGCUGAGCACCGUCGGCAGCAGCGGCGGCGGAUGCGUGAGGAUGGAUGCAGAGCACCGAGAUGGCACGGCCAAGCCGUUCCUGCGUCACGUUCAGCAGGAACAGCCGGCACGGGACGCUGCAGCAAGUGGCGGCCGCUUGCUCACCAUCGCCACGGUGGUCCGCGAGGAGGAAGAAGUUGAAGCCGUCGUGGAAGCGGAUGCUGAACGCUUCCCCGGCGCGGACAUGCACCGCCAAGAUGGGAGGCCUGAGCGCGAGGAAGCAGACGCCGCACUCCAGGGCGUCGGCAUCGCCCACCGUCACAUUCGCCACUGCGGCCCUAGCGACACGCACGUCUGGCGGCGCGUGAACGCUGUCGGCGCCCAAAUCCUCGUCCUCCUCCAGGAAAUCGAAAUCCUCGUCGUCGUCGAAAAUGUCCAUUUUCUUCCUCCUCUUGACCGACUUCAAUCUACGGCAUGA